AUGGUGCAUUCCGGAAGGCACAGCCUGGUUCAAGCGGUCCAUCGUUUCCUGGAACUGCAACAUGUCAUUGUUGCCAAGCGUCAGCAAAACAAACCGGUGGACGAACCAUCGGUGCGCACGGUUGGUGUCGACACCAUAACGACCGUGCGGCAGAUGCGAAAAAACUUUCGCGAUCAAUGGUUUAUGACCAACUCGGGCGAGGUAAUCCGUUACGAAACGACCACAAAAACGGGCAAGGACGUUACCGUGCAAUAUGUUGGUGGUGGUACGGACGGCGGUGCUGGCGGUAGUGUUGGCGGUGGUAUGGACGGUAGUGUUGGCGGUGGUGAUGGCGGUGGUACGGACGGUGGUGUUGGCGGUGGUGAUGGCGGGGCGCUUACCCAUAACCUUCCGCACGGAAAUGGACGAUGGUAUGGCGGGUCAUCGACCGCUUCUGCAUCAAUCUAA